AUGGACCCAGAGCUGCAGGCCUACGUGUUCGAUUCAGUUCACCCACAACCGACGCCUCAACAUCUCGUCGGACUUCGCAGUUCAGAUAUGAGAUCAAUAAGAGGGACAGACGACAGAGGGACACUGAGAAUUUUAGAAUGGAUCUCUCGCGAAGCAAAACGUCCCCGAGGGUCGACUAGAUGGGCCGACGUAUUCGUUGCACGGAUGUAUCAACUGAAAUGUCAGCUAGUAAGAAUAAUGGAUCUGGAUCUCGCGAACGUCGUUACCGCAAUACAAUACCAAUAUCAUGGGUGA